AUGAUAUAAUAGAUUAAAGAAUAUUACUCAUUAGAAGAAUUUUUAAACUCUUCACUUUAAUCUCAUUAGGUUCUCGAUAUUGAUCUGAGUAACGCUUAAAUUGGUGUAACAGGUGCACAAGGUUUAGGUUCUGCUUUAGCAAAUUGCACUAAUCUCUCAGAUUUGACACUUUCUCUUGGAUAAAUACCUUAUUUGCCUUUAAAACUUGGUUCUUCAAUUGGCGAUUUAGGUGCAUCAGGUUUAGGUUCUGGUUUAGCAAAUUGCACUAAUCUCUCAAAUUUGACACUUAAUCUUAAGUGUAAUUAAAUUGGUGAUUAAGGUUUAUCUGGCUUAGGUUCUGGUUUAGCAAAUUGCACUAACCUCUAAAAUAUGAUACUUCUUCUAUAGUAUAAUACAAUUGGCGAUUAAGGUGCAUCAGUCUUAGGUUCAGCUUUAGCAAAUUACUCUAAUCUCUCAAAUUUGACACUUGAUCUUGGUCAUAAUCAAAAAAUUGGUGAUUAAGGUUUGUCUGGCUUAGGUUCUGGUUUAGCAAAUUGCACUAAUCUCUAAAAUUUGAAACUUUUUCUUGAUUAUAAUAAAAUUGGUUAUGAAGGUGCAUCAGGCUUAGGUUCUGCUUUAGCAAAUUGCACUAAUCUCUCAAAUUUGGCACUUUAUCUUGAUUAUAAUUAAAUUCUUGAUUAAGGUUUGUCUGGCUUAGGUUCUGGUUUAGCAAAUUGCACUAAUCUCUCAAAUCUGGCACUUGAUCUUUGUAGUAAUAAAAUUGGUGAUUAAGGUGCAUCUAGUUUAGGUUUUUCUUUAGUAAAUUUCACUAAUCUCUCAAAUUUAACUCUUAAUCUUCGUUGGAAUUAAAUUGGUGAUGAAGGUGCAUCAAGUUUAGGUUUUGCUUUAGCAAAUUGCACUAAUCUCUCAAAUUUGACACUUGAUCUUACAGCAAAUAAUUAAAUCAAUAAGUCAUAAUAAUUGAAAGUAAAAAGCAAAUGCUUUAAAUUAAAAAGAUUAGUUUUCUUGAAAAUAAAUUUCUAAUGA